AUGUGUGGGUCGCAGAUGCGAAAUCGGCGAAUGUCCAGCUUGAAGUUCAUCGUACGAAAGAGGAGACUCGAAAGCAUUGUCGCCGUCGUUUCUUUGCUGCUCGUCUUGCAAGGCAUGGCGACAGCAGACACCAAGGACCGAAGAAACCAGGAGGUCCUCGAGACAAGAGGCGAGAAGAAACACAAGUACACCGUCAAGGGUUGGCCAAGCAGUGCUCUGCCGAACCCCUCGACCAAGGAGGGAGCAAGCGCCUGCGGGAGAUCGACAGUGAAGCACUCGUCCUCUGUGUGCGAUCCCGAUGGUUUGAUAUCAAGGAAGUCUGCAGAUCAGAUGGACGAGAUGAUCGAUGCGGCUAGGAAACAAGUCGGACUGAAAGACGACGAAACUUCACUAGUCCAUGAUCUGCAGAUUGCGGUAGCGAUCGUAAACAAGAUGGGACCAGCGGACAAAGACAGGAGGGAGCUCGCUACCCGAUACGCUCGACAAGUGCACGACAACUGGGGGCUGGGAAGCGCGGGCAUCGGCAACGGAGUCCUGCUGUUCGUUUCCAAAGAGGACCGUCAGGUGUACAUCUCUACUGGCCGGCUGGCUCGGAACAAGCUCCCCGACAGCGUCUGCAACCAAAUCGUCGACGUCAUGAGGCCGGUGCUGCGACAGGGAUACUUCGAUCAAGCUCUCCUGAAGGGCGUGCAAGAAAUCAUCACGCGAAUUUCCGAGAAGAAAACAUUCUGGGCAAGAUACAAGAACAUUAUCAUCUUCUCCAGCAUCGUAGCUUUCUUCCUUGCAACGGCAUCAUACAAACAAUAUCAGGACAGAAACAGGAAGGAUGAAUUCAAGAAGGCGAUGUCGCUCCUCAAGCGAAUCGAAGAGACCGCGGGCAAGAAGCUCGAGGCUGCACGAAAAGGUUCCAACGAUAACGCUCGGUACAUACGCAACUUUCGUUUCUCUCCCUCCUUGACUCCCAGUAGCUGGCAGUGUCCUGUCUGCCUCGAAGACUACGCCUUUCCCUCCUCCGACAACGACAAGUCCAACAGCAUGGUGCUGGGCUGCGGCCACAGGCAGCAGCAGGACGCCAUGUUUCGCCUCGGGUCUCUCCGGAGGAGGUUCCCCGACCUCAUCUCUUCGACUAUUUUCGAGAACUUCACUGAUCGUCCGGUCGUCUUCACUGAUGUCGAGCGGGAGAUCGAGGUGCGGGUCCCUUUCGUUUCGAUCCUGAUCCCAGCUGACGUUGGGCUGACAGAGGAACUACCAGCGAAUCACGAGGCAUGCGCAGGAAGUGCGGGGCAAGGGAAGCGAAGGGUCGCACUUCCAGGGUUGGGGAGGAGGAAGCAGUGA